AUGUCUUGUUCUAGAUCUAAUGUGGCCAAAGCCACAGAGACUCUCGUUCGGCGACCUCGCACGCCUACACUGGAGAUUACAAAAGAUAGACCAUCUCGACCACCCUCUACAGAGCUUUAUCUGCCUAGGUUUGAUGACAAUCCCUCGGUUCGGACCCAAUUUGUGGCGAGUUUUAUCAGCCACUUUGCACCCUCAUGCCCAGUUCUUGAUGGAAAGACUGGAAAGGCCGUGCGCCUCCAAGAUACCUUCCCUGCCUUCGUCGGGAGUAGCCCAAUCCUCGACAAAGCGGUGACGGCUAUGAGUUGUGCUCUUCUAGCAAAACGCAGGAAAGAUUUCCAAUUGCUGUCUUACAGUACUAGAUUAUAUGGAGAAGCUUUGAAGACAGUGCACAGUCGAAUUGCAAAUGCCUCUAGAUGUGGUCUGGAUGAGCUAUUUGCUACCGUUAUUUUCCAAUUAUACGAGGUCUGGUCUGCCCUUCCUGCUAUGUCCAUUCCGAUCUCCAGUUGA